UACGGGCAUGCUUCCUUUGCUUGGCUUGUCAAAGACCAUGUCUACCUCAAUCCUGCUGUUGACACCCUCAUUCUCGGUACGAUUGUCGACAGGCUAGGGGGUUUCCGAUUUGCGCUCGCCAGCCCUCACUGGCGUGAAAAAGUUGGCGACUUGGGGGACUUAACUACAUCGCCAACGUUCCCGGGCUAUAUCAAAAAGCGGCUUCGAAAACGAAUGUUAAACCGAAGACUUGAUAGAGACGAAAACCUCCAUUCUUACAGCUCUUUCAACAUUGCCUACCCAGCGGGGCCCAUUCCACUUCCCAGUCUUCAGUUCCCAUGUCUCAAGGUCAUCCACCUGGUUUCUCUGCUUUGCAUUCCAAUACCAAUAAUCACGCACCAUGGUCUGACAGCAUGGUCGAUGCGUGGCAUGGGAGUUCAUUUUCGCUACGUAUUGCCAACCAACGAGCCUUAUUGUCAUCGCGAUUCAACUCUACCCAGUAAGUAUUUCAGAGGUAUACGGCCGGACGAUCGUAUUUCUGACGAUCACUUUAGGGUCGACUCGAAUGAGAGGUUGGGUAUCCGAAUCGACAUCUUUCGCGACAGCAAUCUCGAGUGGGUCACUGACGCCUAG